CAGGCAUUUUUGAUGUGUGCCGAUUCAAGCCCACUCAAUUGGCCCACGGCCCAGUCAUGUCACGGGUUUUCAUCCCCCAACUUUUAUAGUGGCUCUCUACGAUUGGCCUUUGCCUGCUUAGGAAAAACUGGGAUUCAGAUGCAGCGAGAGCCUCAUCAACCUCACUAUCAAGUUUGACAAACGGUCGGCGAAGCGAGCCAUGUAACAUUAUUCUUCUCCCUUUUAAUAUUGUAAUUAUAUCGGUCGUUUGAAGUACCUGGCAUUCAUUCUCUUCUUAUCCUCACCCACCUCCUUCAGGUCCAUCCUCAUACACAUCCAUCAUGGCCAACGACAGGAAUCAACAGCCUCAAAUGGUGUUUGUACGCCAACGGCAGUCCUCUCGCGGUUUGUUUUCUCCCGAGGUUGUUGACCUCGUGGUACCUCCAUUGAAAUUCGGUGGUUACGCCGGGACCGCGGGUGUUUUGGCAGGUGUCGGAGGCUCAAUUUUCCAAGAGGCAAAUCCCAUAAUUUGGGGAGCAGUUUCUGGAUUUCAAUGGUUUACAUUAGGAACAAGCUUCUGGUUCACCAGGAGUAUUGUUGUAAAGGCAUGGGGCGGUGAAGAAAGACUCAGGAAUGGCGACAAGACAAUUGCCAGCGCAAUAGCUGGCACAGCAGCUGGUUCGGUGGGUGGCUUGAUCAGAGGGCCGAAAAACAUUCUUCCCGCGAUGCUCGUCUUCACAACACUGGGAGCCGGUGGUCAAAUGAUUGCGAACCGAAUGGCAACUCGAAAGCCAAAAGUUCACGAUGAGAAAGAAUCGUUCUGGAGCCGAUUAUCUCCCCUUAAGAAGCUUACGGAUCAGGAGUAUAGAGAUAUGAUGUCAGAAAAGAUGCUGAGGAUAGACGCUGAUAUUGCACUUAUUGAUGAUCGCAUCGCUGAACUAAAAAAGCAGGCUGAAGAUGAAGAACUGAAAGGCUCGUCAACAUAAUAAUACUCAUGUUUAAGUUGACUCAAUUCUCUCUGAUUUUGUCGUGACC